GAUCAAAGUUUGAUGUCACCAUAUUUUUGCAUUUUUUGAUGUCACCAUUUCAUAAGUCUAUAAAAAGGAAGAGCAGAAGAAGAAAAAAGGGUAGUUCUGGAAAAAACAAAAAGAAAGGGAAUCGUGAGGGGAAGAAAGCAGAGUCGUUUUCAGAUCGUGAAGCAGAAGCAGCAGAAGAAGCCGUAUCUAUUCCUCUCUCUCUCUCUCUCUACUUUGACCGUGCCUCUUCUUUUUAUUCCUCCUCAUCAUCAACAUCAUCGAGCUUUCUACUUCUUCCUCUGAUUCUCUCCCAUUCCAAAUCAAUCUCUAGGGUUCUUCAGCAAUACUUCAGAAGCUGGGUUUGGCCAUGGAACCCAAUGGGUACAGGAAAGAAAGAAGAAAGGAACAACAUUUGGGGAGAAUGAAUGGUGGUGGUGAUGUUGAGAGUGAUCUUGAUCCAUGGACUGCAUGGGCUUAUAAGCCUCGCACUAUCUCUCUUCUCCUUAUUGGCGCGUGUUUUCUCAUUUGGGCUAGUGGAGCUCUUGAUCCUGAGAGCACCACAUCUGAUGAUCUUGUCACAUCUGUCAAAAGGGGAGUGUGGGCUAUGAUCGCUGUCUUUCUUGCUUACUCAUUGCUCCAGGCCCCUUCAACGGUUCUAAUCAGGCCCCAUCCUGCAAUCUGGCGCUUAGUUCAUGGAAUGGCUGUCAUUUACUUAGUUGCACUCACUUUUUUGCUCUUCCAGAGACGUGAUGAUGCCCGGCAGUUCAUGAAGUUUCUCCACCCUGACCUUGGAAUCGAACUUCCUGAGAAAUCAUACGGUGCUGAUUGCCGUAUAUAUGUGCCUGAUCACCCAACAAACAGGUUUAAGAAUCUUUAUGACACAGUAUUUGACGAGUUUUUCUUGGCUCACAUCUUUGGAUGGUGGGGUAAAGCAAUUCUGAUUCGGAAUCAGCCGCUUCUUUGGGUUCUUUCAAUUGGUUUUGAGUUAUUGGAGCUUACUUUUCGGCAUAUGUUACCAAAUUUCAACGAGUGCUGGUGGGACAGUAUUGUUCUUGAUAUCUUGAUAUGCAACUGGUUUGGGAUCUGGGCAGGAAUGAAUACAGUUCGAUACUUUGAUGGAAAAACAUAUGAGUGGGUUGGCAUUAGCCGCCAGCCUAACAUUAUUGGCAAAGUGAAAAGGACACUGGGGCAGUUCACACCAGCUCACUGGGACAAAGACGAGUGGCAUCCGCUGCAGGGACCUUGGCGUUUUAUUCAAGUACUCACUCUCUGCAUCGUCUUCUUGACAGUGGAGCUAAACACAUUCUUUCUCAAAUUUAGCCUGUGGAUCCCUCCUAGAAAUCCAGUGAUUCUCUAUAGGCUGAUCUUGUGGUGGCUCAUAGCGAUACCAACAACACGGGAAUACAAUUCAUAUCUUCAAGACAGGAAACCGGUGAAAAAGGUGGGAGCAUUCUGUUGGCUGUCACUGGGGAUAUGCAUAGUAGAACUUCUCAUCUGCAUCAAGUUUGGAAGUGGAUUGUACCCAACAGAAAUGCCAUUAUGGGUAGUGACACUAUGGGGAAGUGUGGGACUUGGACUUGUGGCCUUCUUGCUGUGUUGGACAUGGAAGAUCCAGAAGAUCCUCGCGCAAAAGCGACGCUAAGCUCAUGAUUAUUGCUACGGAAGACGAGAGAGAAAGAGAGGUGAGACAGUGAAAUGCCAUUGUGGGUUUUUUGUAAAUAGGGAGAAGAAGGAACAAUGUAAAUGCAAUUUUCUUUAGGGGUAGUGUGUGAUAUUCAACAUUUUACAGAGCUUCCACCAAUUCUUUCAUGCAUAAAAAAUUUGCUUUCAUCUUUGUUCUGCCUCCUCAAUCUGACAAAACAUGUUGGUUUGAAUGGUAAACAUAUUAAUGUCAAUUUUUGUUACCAUUCACUACCUUCAAGUUUCAAAAGUUAAAGAAAAAAUGAAGUUACUGAGCCA